CCUCAAUAAACUGGGGCUACAUCAGUUUGAAGAUUUUUCUGACAUUGCUAAUGAAUUUGGAAAUUCGGACUUGCUUGGCAGCAUUCUGAAGGAAGAGAUAAACUUCCUCUUCCUUUCCAGCUGUUGUGUUGUUUCUAGAUUGUCGUCUCCUCCAGGAGUAUUGGAUCCAGCACUGACCAUGUCCAAAAGUGGAAACCGGAUCACCUUUUAUGAAAGCAAGAAUUUCCAAGGGCGCCGCUAUGAGUCCGACAGGGACUGCUUGGAUUUCCACACUGACUUGAGCCGUUGCAAUUCCAUCCGUGUGGAGGGAGGUGCCUGGGUGGUUUAUGAGAGGCCAAACUUUGCUGGGAAUAUGUAUGUGCUGACUCAUGGAGAGUAUCCUGAGUACCAGCGCUGGAUGGGCCUAAAUGACCGUGUCAGCUCAUGCAAGUUCAUUCAGUUACCUGGUGGAGGCAAAUACCACAUCCAGUUCUUUGAGAAAGGUGAUUUUAGUGGCCAGAUGUAUGAAUCCACAGAUGAUUGCCCUUCUGUUAUGGAGCAGUUUCAUUUCCGGGAAAUCCACUCUUGCAAAGUCCUGGAUGGGGCCUGGGUUUUCUAUGAGCAUCCCAACUUCCGUGGCAGGCAGUAUUUCCUGGAGAGAGGGGAGUACAACAAGCCCAUGGAAUGGGGGGCUGCAUCCCCAGUGGUCCAGUCCUUCCGUCGUGUUGCAGAUUAAUAAGCCACAAGAAGUCUAAAACUGAAGUCACAGCUGACUUGAUGCCAUCAAUAAAGCACUUGUGGGCCUGAUGCUGCCUGUUGUUGUUUGUGAGAAAUGUGUGUCUCUGAGCAUUUUUUUCCUUUAAGGGAACUGGCUCAUUGUUUCAGGCACCCUUCCACCCUAUUCAGGAUAAAUCUUAGAAAGGUUACUUUUUUGGACUAUAACUUUAAGAAUCUUCCAGUCAAUGGAGUUGGAGGGUGGGGGGACUGUGGGAACUAUAUUCCAGAAAGAUAAUUUUUCCAAGGUCUGAUUCAGGUGUUAGGCACUCAGGCAUUAUGCUGGAACAUAACAGAAGGGUGGGUUGCCUAUAGUAGCCCCAGUGUUUGCUACCUAGCUAUAAGUUUGGAAGUCUGCAUAAGACUUCUACUUAUGUUCAUUUGAAUAAGUUAAAGCUUCCCUGUGAAUAGAAAACCUGCUUUGCCAUGCUUUGUGCAUGUAAAAAGGGUAUGUAGGGGGAUGUAGGUGGAGUACACAUCCCAUUCAUUUUACUUGUGUACAUUUAUACCCUAUUCAGGCAUGUCAUCUCAAUAGGAUUCUAGAUUUAGCACAGUGACUGAAUUACAGCAAGAACAGAGGUAUCUUUCUCCCUUUAUCUCAGGAGUGGGCAAAUUGUUUUUAGCCUAUAACUCCCACCAAUAGCAGCCAGUGGUGUGAGUGGUCAUGAAAAUUGCAACCCACCAUGUGGAGAACCACCUCUUCUUUAUGGGACAGGGAGCAAUAGUUACUGUUUUUAGA